AUGGCCUCUCAACCGCCGCAGCUCCACUUCAUCCUGUUUCCCCUCAUGGCCCCUGGCCACACGAUCCCCAUGAUCGACAUUGCCAAGCUCCUUGCCCGGCGGCACACCGCCGUUUCCAUCAUCACCACUCCCCGCAACGCCACACGAUUCGGCUCCUCGAUAGACCGCGCCGCACAAUCCGGCCUGCGGAUCAACCUGAUCCGAAUCCAGUUCCCCUCUGUAGAAGCCGGCCUGCCCGACGGCUGCGAGAAUCUCGACGCCCUUCCUUCACUCGACAUGGCCACCAAUUUCUUCACCGCCCUCAAUCUCUUACAGAAGGAAGUCCACCAGGUGUUCGAUGAAAUGUUUCCUCGGCCAAGCUGCAUAAUAUCGGACAUGGGGCUUCCGUGGACGACCCAAUUGGCCGAGAAGCACGGAAUCCCUAGAAUCGUGUUCCACGGGACGUGCUGCCUGUCCCUCCUUUGCUCGCACAACAUACGCUCCUCCGGGAUCCUCGACACCCUGUCUUCGGAGGACGACCCAUUCGAGGUCCCCGGUGUGCCAGGCCAGAUCAUGAUAAGGAAAUCCCAGUUGGCUGGGUCCGCUAUGAAGAAGCCAUCAGCCGUCAUAAAGGACGUGACAGAGCAGAUACGCGCGGCCGAAAAGACAUCGUUCGGCGUGAUUGUCAACAGCUUCGUGGAGCUCGAGCCGGAUUACGUGAAGGCGUACAGUUGGGCCAAGGGCGAGCGAGUCUGGUGCGUUGGGCCCGUCGCACUGUCCAACGAAGACAGACUGGAUUUAGCUGAGCGGGGGAUCGGAUCCUCCGCUUCUCCCGAGCACGACUGCUUGAAGUGGCUCGACCGAAAGCAGCCGGGCUCGGUCGUUUACGCGAGCCUCGGCUCGCUGGCCCGUCUGACUAGAGAACAAAUGGCGGAGCUUGGGCUGGGCCUCGAGGAGUCAAACAGGCCCUUCCUGUGGGCUCUCGGGGGAGGGAUGUCGGACGAGCUCGAGCGUUGGUUGUCGGAGGAUGGGUUCGAGGAAAGGACCAAGGAUAGAGGGUUCUUGAUACGAGGGUGGGCCCCACAGGUGUUGAUCCUCGCCCACAAAGCUGUGGGUGGUUUCGUAACGCACUGCGGGUGGAACUCGACGCUGGAAGGGAUCACGGCUGGGGUGCCGAUGGCGACGUGGCCGUUUUUCGCGGAUCAAUUCAUGAACGAGAAGCUGGUUGUUCGAAUAUUGGGGGUUGGGGUGAGUUUCGGAGUGGAGGUGCCCGUGAGGUGGGGGGAGGAGGAUAAGGUCGGGGUUUUGGUGAGGAGGGAAGAUGUUGUGAGAGUCGUGGGGUCGUUGAUGGACGAAGGGGCGGAGGAAGGAAAGGAGAGGAGAAAAAAGGCGGGAGAAUUGGCGGAGAAGGCAAGACGGGCGGUCGAGGAAGGGGGGUCGUCGUUUUUGAAUGUCGGCAUGCUUAUCGAGGAAAUUAGGGGGAGCGUUGGGUAA